AUGGCCCCAAAGAGGCUUUGGCUGGGUGACUAUUCCAGGACAUUGGGUGUGUACACCUCCAUCGAAGGGAAGGUUGGAAACAUUCCCAUGAAAGUCAAAAUGCAACAUGAAGGCAACCUGGUGUGUAAGGCCAGCAUACAGAACACCUCUAUCUCUGGUAUUAAUGCCACAUUCAGCAACAUCCACUAUUUCAAGGUUAUUGAGCCAGUGAAAGGUGCACGGAUCAUCCCUUCAGGUUUAGUGGAGCUGUUUGAGGAAAGCACACUUCAGCUACGCUGUGAACUUAGUGCUGGAAAUCAUGUCUCCUACAAGUGGCUGCACAAUGAUCAGCUCAUAUCUCCGUCUUCCUCACACCGUGUUUCUGACAACCAACUCACGAUCUCCAGUGAUUCUUCAUGCUGUGACCAAGAGAAGGGCUGCGUCGACACUGACAAGUGCUCCGUCCCAAACUCACCAUGCACACCACCUCAGAUUUGUUACAACACACCAGGCUCAUAUGAAUGCCUGGAGCCUUCCUCCAGGACCAGAUCAGCUGUGUCUUCCCAAUCUGUCCAGUUCGCCUUGAGGCUGGUCAACAGACAGAACUGCUGCUCUGGCAGAGUGGAGGUCUUUAAUGCUGGACAGUGGGGCACAGUGUGUGAUGAUUCUUGGGACCUGAAUGGUGCCAAAGUGAUGUGCAGACAGCUGGGCUGUGGAAGGGCUCGUUCAGCACUACAAAAUGCAGCUUUUGGAGUGGGGAGCGGGCCCAUCUGGUUGGACGAUGUUAGAUGUUUUGGAAAUGAAUCAUCAGUAACUGACUGCAGACACAAUGGGCCUGGAGUCCACAACUGUGGUCAUAAUGAAGAUGCCAGUGUUGUAUGUGAAUUCCAGCAGCCUCCACUCCAAUCUUCUCACUUAAUUUGCGGCCGUGAUAAAAUCCAAGUAGGUCUGGACACGGCCAGCGUGUCAUCCUCUGGUUUGAGCCCAUUCUCCGGAAACCUGGAUUCCAGCAACUGUUCCUGGGUCAGAGUGCGUGAUGAUAUUGUUUGGUAUGAAGUGGAGACUCUGGCAGGUGCCUGUGGAAACACACUGAGGACCAACAGCACACACGCCAUCUACUCCAACAGUUUAUUCAUCUACCCACUAGCUAAUUUAUCCUUCACGCUUCCUGUGAGUCUUUCCUUCUCCUGUGCUUAUCCCCUGGACACAGAUGCCAGUCUGAAUGUGGCUAUCAGACCAGUCCUGCUGUUGGCUGGAGGUAUUUCAGGCUCGGGUCCAAAAGCUAGAACCUCCAUGUCUCUGUUCCACAACUCCAGCUACACUGCGUCUUAUCCAGCAGGCCAGGUCACCCUCCCAGUGGGUUCACCUCUUUAUGUGGGCGUCUCUGUGCAGGAGACAGACCCAGCUUUGGCAGUUGUUCUGGAGGACUGCUAUGCCACUCACUCACCAAACCCCAAUGAUCCCACACAAUAUCCUCUCAUCCAGAACAAGUGUCCCACUGACCGCCAAAAGGUGUCAAUAGUUGAGAGUGGCUCAUGUCUCCGAGCUCUUUUCUCUGCUCUGCUGUUCCUGCUCCAGGGUGAAUACAGAGACAUUUAUCUUCAUUGCAGCCUCAGCCUGUGUAACCAGAAGAGCUACUACUGUGUACCACCGUGUACCAGCAGGGCACGCCGCUCUGUUUCCAACUCUGCUUCCAUGAAUCCCAUCACCAUUGGACCAAUCACUUGUGAAUAUGAAUUAAAAUCUGAUUUCAGGACUAAUGUUUUGGCAUAA